CACCAGCUCGACAGCAGUAGCUCAUAGCCUAGCCAGCAAGAGAGAGGGGAUGACGGGCGUAAACACGGAGUACAUCAUUGCAAUCGCUCUAGGCUCCGUGCUGGUGACGCUCCUGCUGGUGUUCAUGUGUCUGUUGUGCGUGUUUCUCAGAAAGAAGCGGGCGCUCUGCUUCCACGAUCAUCGCGGGUACGAGCAGCAGCAGCGGCCGUUUGUCAUCCCGGACAAGACGCUCGAGGAGCGCUACGGCAAAAAGCAGCGACGCCGCAAGGGAGGCAGCCCGGAAAAAGGCGCGAAGAGGAAACCGGUCCAAUUCUCUCGCAUCGGGCAGCAGUCGCCAAAUCUGCGCCAGCCGCGCGGGGACCCCUUCGCCCACAACUACCUGGAGGACCCCAUGUUGGACGAGGAGGCAAUGGGCGAAGACUGGUCGAACCCCCUCUUCGACGCCGAGCGCUCGCAGAAGAGAGACGCCGCCAUACACAUACAGAGCUGGUUCAGAAUGAUCAGAGUAAGGAUACCGUUCUUACAGCUAAGAGAUGCUGUCAUCCUCUGCCAAGCACUUUAUCGCGGUCGUGUGGCCAGAAGGCUUCUUCCUCAGUGGAGGAGAGACAAACAGAUAAAAGAUCAGCAAAGAAAAAAGAUUGCAGGCUGGAAAAAGAAAGGCACGCUCUCAGCUCUAAAGUUCUACGAAGUCAAAGGAUAUGGGUUUGCAGAAGUGGAGCAACUGUAUGGCCUGGAGACAAUGAGAAGUGCUGCAGACCAGCUAAAGAAACUGUACGGAGGAAAAGGAAAGAUGAGACUUAAGAUCUUCAUCUCCGUCAAGGGCAUAAAACUCUGUGACCAUCAUACUAGGGUUCAUUUUGCUACAGUCAAGAUCUCCAGCGUCUCUUUCUGCACUUUGGACCCCAAGAACAAGAAGUUGUUUGCGUUUAUCAAUCGCAAGAAACGGCGAAAUUUCUGCCACGUCUUCCAAUGCAAUGAACACGACGCGCAAAAGAUGGUUGAGACUAUGGCAGAAGCAUUUGAAGUGACGUUCAAACAACUCGAGCAGAAGAGACAAAAGAUAGUGACGGAGAGAUCACGAGAGUCGCGGCUUUCUCAGAGGCCAAGACAACUCAACAGAGUCACAAAGGAGGAAAUUCAACACCAGUCCCAGGAGUUGGAUAUAGAGGUGGCCAGUAUGAUGGAAAUGGCCGAGACAGCCAGCUCCACCAAUGCACCAAUCGCGUCCCACAAACAAGAGAAUGCCACUCGUGUUGAAAGCCAUUUCACUGACACCAAAAACAAGAUGAAAGAGAUGUCACAAGACCUCGAAUCUCAUAGCUGACAAGUAUCAAAGAGUCAUUACAAAGACUCCAAUCUCUAACACACAGGCACUAUCAUUUCAUGUGUAUUGUAUACCAUUAAACUGAAAGUAUUCUCCACUGUUGGUCCCUCUGUUAUGUUUUCUGUGUCCGUUUCAAUUGUGGUUUUAUACGGCAACAACAACAACACUGCAAAUAAACAGUUGGCACACAAAAACAUAGGCAGCAGUUGGUGCAUUAAGUACCUAUAAACACGUACAUACGCAAUGUGAUUUGUCACACAAACCACUAUGAGAGAUAUGUUAUUGCGCGAGUUAGUCAGUCGGCAAAGCCUUCCAUCUCGUUCUCUUGUUUCCUGUACUUGCUGUGGAGGAGGUUGAAUCCCCUGCGUCGAGUCCGGCAGAACCUCACCACCAGGACCAGGACCAUGGUACAGAUCAUGCCCACAAUGAACAUGACUAUCGCGAUUGCUGCAGCAGCCCCACUCGAUACACCACUGCUAGAACUGGAAGAGGACACACCAGGACACUCUGUUGGCUCUGAAGUGGUGGGGCAAACAGGGUCCACUCUCACCCAGCACGGCCUCACUUUCUCUCCACUCGAGGGCAGCUGGAUGGUAAAGGGAAAACAGUCGUCUGAGGUGGUGAAGCUCCGCAGAUCUUGGAGGACGUCAUCAGGAGAUUGGGGAUCGGGGUAGUCAGCAGCCGAUGGCACGGGAAGAAUUUGCAGAGUGACGUAAAUGUACUUGUCGUCUUCACCGACAACCUCAAUGCUUGCAACCUGCAGCAGUGAUAUAUUGGCGUAUUCAGUUAGCCCGAGUCGUAUGCUCCUGCGCAGUUGCCCGAUGUCUGCCCCGAAUUCGUGUCCCGGAAUCUUCAUUGAGAUUAUCCUAUACUGGCCCGGUUGGGCGCAGAAAGACGUGUCGAAAACAUCAAAGUCGGGCUCUGUAGUUGAAAAAUCGUAAAAGGUGGAAAAAGAAGAGAGGCUGGUUGAUUUCCCGCAGUCAUCACCGUCAUAGCACAGUGUACCAGUCAGGUUAAUGGCCAGGGGGACUGGUGCGGUCUCAUUAGAGAGAAGACUGGAGAUAGUGGACCCAGGUCGAGAGUAAAACAGCUCCACCGUUCCGUUCACGACUUUGGAACCGAGAUUCAACGGGAAUGAGUCUCUGACCGAGAUCCACGCCUCGGCCUCAAUCCCUCGUAUCUUGGUCACCCCUUCGUAUGAGAAGUUGUAUCCGGCCCCCACGCGGAAGAAUUCCGUCGGAGUUCGCAUUCUUUUGGCCCCGUCUGGUCCACCUGCGAUGUCAUAUGACGAGAAGUUCAGAUUAGCGAUUGAAUCGACGGAGCAGUUGCUCAGGCGCCUGUUGAUAAAGUACUGGAGGCCGAGUUCAAAGUCGUGGAUGACAGAGUACGGGGUGCUCUCAUAGAGAAAAUCAACUCUAAACAGUUGCGUGUCGUAAAACUCCCUUUCAGUUGUGACUGUAUUGGCAUCCACCACCCUCUCAAUGUGCAUACUGAAGUACUGAGGCACUUGAGGGAGAUCUUUGCCUGAGAUCCGGCCCAGACAAGGCAGCCCCGUCGGGACCUCAAACGCAGAGUCUGGUACUGCACUCGGACCACUGUGGAACCCGAAAAAGCUGUAAGUGUUUCUGACUCACUCAGGGUUCCAUCGUCUUCGAGACUGGCUUCGUGCACAUUGAUUUGGACGGGAAUAGUCGCCUCCCCGGGAAAGUAAUAGUUCCAUUCUGACGACGAAAAAUAGUAGGUGACCGUAUAGGAAAGGUUGUCAAAGUUGUGGCACGUUUCCCAGCAAUCGCAGAGGAUUCCUCGCAGUUUCUUUUGCGGGCAAUUCCUUGCUGACUGGUUGCCUGCCAGGUCAAAAAUUCCCUUCACGCUGCCAACGUGAAUACUCCCGUUCACAUAUCUGAAACGAAAAAGACUGUCGUUGAGAAACGAGGAAGGUUCUUCGAGUGACUUUACUCCACACGCCACGUUUCUCUCCCGGUCGGGGAUAAGGAAGGCCUCUCCCAGAUCAUAGUCAUAUAUUUCCACACCAGGCUCUCCCGAGUCCUCCAAAACGUAGUCCAGUCUAGCCCUGUUACCCGGGUCGUCGUAAUGCUCCGAAAAAACGUAGGAGCGGUUCUCCUCCGAGUAGCUGAACUCGAACGCGGUGUAAAACUGAUUGGGGAGCGUCGGGAUCGGCGGGUACGGCGUCUGCGAGUAACUCUCUUCGCUGCACACGGGAAUGUAGUCGGGUGUGAGGGGCCCCGAGCCGCUGCCGACGCCGCUCUGCUGCGACGACACUACGGAGCAGCAAACAACUGCAGUCAAGACCGCGAGCACGGCAGUAGUGGACGGCAUCUCGGAAUCAAUGCGACUGUGUCAACUCACUCCUCAUUUUAUAGUAGCGACCUGCAAAAAA